AUGUCUUUGGCCGGAGUUCGUCCACUCGGAGCUCAUUCGGCGACCGAUUUGAUAAAUCGGAGUCACAGUUACGGAGCAUUGAGCGCAUUGAGCCGCGGAAGUUACGAAAGUCUCAGCUCUCUCGAUGACGUACAUCAUUUUUUGAGUCAAUCCGAGCAAGCCGUUUUAUCAAUCGAAGAACUCCGACUCCAAUUGAAUUCUUGUUUCACGUGCGGCGUGAGCUGGCAAGACGAACACGUUUCCCUGGAUUGUUCCGAAUGCGGGGGUUAUUCUCUCGUUCGCCCAUGUCCCACCUGCGAAGGACGAUGCGAUAGCAUAUGGAAAAGAGAUUUAACGAUGACUCACGCAUCCGGAAAAGCGAGAUGGGAAGGAAAAUGCGGACUCGAUAGAUCUCUAGCACAAACUCGUAUCAUACUACAAUCCCUGAGUUUAAGUCCUCCCGAGGGAAACGAGUCUCAUCAACGUAGUUGUCAACAAAGAUUAGAUAAUAAUAAUUUGAAAUCGUGA